AUGGGACGUGUGAGACUGGGCAAUGUUAUUAUUAAGCCUGCCAGGAAGCGAGGAAGAAUAGAUGCAUUCAAUUACAAAUAUGUCUUAAAUUUUCUAUUCGCCAUUGAAGAAGUGAAUAAAAAUCCAAAUAUUUUACCCAAUGUGACUUUGGGAUUUCACAUAUAUGAUUCUUGUUCCAAUGCUAAUAAAGCUGUGAAAAGUACAAUACAAAUAUUAUCAGGACCUGGAGCUACUGUACCCAACUACUACUGUACAGGAGAAGAGGACAUUGCGGGUUUUAUUGGAGAUCUGUUAUCUGUAACAACUGUUCCCAUAGCCCAAAUACUGAAUGUGUACGGGUAUACACAGAUCAGUUAUGGAGCUACAGAUCCGAUGCUCAGUGACAGAGUUGUGUAUCCAUAUCUCUUCCGUACAGCACGCAAUGACCACGUCUACUUUUCUGCCAUGCUAACAGUACUGAAGCACUUUUCAUGGAAUUGGGUUGGGAUUGUCAUGAGUGACGAUGACAGUGGAGAAAAGGAGAGCAAUAUUAUUUCCUCAAUUCUUAACAGCCGAGGCGUCUGCAUAGAGUUUACUGUGAAAGUUUUUCCUUUUACAGCCAACAAACUUAUAGACCCAAAAAUAAAAACCACGAUUGAAAAAUUGCAGGAGAUAAUUUUACGCUCAUCCGCUAGUAUCAUUAUUGUUUGUGGAACCUAUUCUUACUAUAUGAUGGAAUUUUUUAAGAUGCCUGAUAAUGUUCUGAAUACAAAAACUUUUCUCCUGCCGCCCAACUGGUUUAGAGAUAGUGAAAUGUUAUACUUUUCCUUUGAAGCGUUUAACUGUUCCUUUGGCUUUCUGUGUCAUAUGAAUGAACAUCUCGAGGAUGAGAGUGGUAAAGAAUUCAUGGGAGACCUGUACAGUGUAAACAACUUUAUACAAUUUCUUUCAAACAUCCGUCCUUCAAAUUAUCCGGACGAUAAAUGGCUUGAGGAUCUUUGGAUUUUGAUUUUUAAGUGCUUGUCUCCAAAUGAUUUAAAAAAUAAAGACUUUGAAGCUGAAUUGAAUGAACAACUGCACGACUGUACAGGAGAGGAGGAUAUCACAGAAUUCGCUCUCUUGGGAAACCAUGGUGGUUCUCCCGUUGAAUACAAUGCAGUAAUAACCAUGGCGUACGCAAUUAAUUCUAUGCAUGCAUCUCUUGGAAGAGAAGUUUCUAUGAAUUAUUUAGAAAAACCUACAUAUAGACAUAAGCUGAACAAAUAUUUGAAAGAAUUUGAAUACACAGAUAAAUCAGGAAAGAGAAAAUAUUAUGAUGAAAGAGGAGAAUUAAAUACAAUAUUUCAUAUUUACAACUGGAUAACAACAGAAGAUGCAUAUUCCAUGUAUGAAUUGGUGGGCUCCUUUAUACCCUGGGCUCCACCAAAUAAGAAGCUUUUAAUCAAUUCAACUAAGAUCAUCUGGAAAAAUAAGAAGAUCCCAAGAUCUCGGUGUUCGGAAAAUUGUCCACCUGGUAGCAGAAAGCUGAAGAAUGAUAUGAAACCGAUCUGUUGUUAUGACUGUGUUAUCUGUCCAGAAGGAGAAAUAUCAAACACAACUGAUAGUGAAAACUGCAUAAAGUGUUUGGAUACUGAAUGGUCAAACAGUAAAAGAGAUCAAUGUUUCACCAAACUUGAAGAGUUCCUUUCCUUUUCGGAUGGACUCUCUAUAGCUCUAUCUUCCAUUGCUCUUCUUUUUUGGACAAUGUCUAUUCUGAUAUUAGGAAUUUUUAUAUCAUAUAGAAAUUCACCAGUUGUGAAGGCUACUAACAAGAACUUGAGCUUUAUCCUUCUCAUCUCGCUGUCAUUGUGCUUUCUCUGUGUGCUUUUAUUUAUUGGCCGCCCUGAAGAUAAAACCUGCAAAUUACGACAAAUAGUUUUCGGCAUCAUCUUCUCCAUUUCAGUAUCAUCUGUUUUGGCUAAAACCAUCACAGUCUAUACAGCUUUUAAAACAUCAAGACCUGGAAAUAAAUGGAAAAAACUGAUUGGAAUGAAAGUGUCCAACUCUAUAGUUGUGUUGGCUUCAUCCAUUGAGGUUAUUAUCAGCAUUAUUUGGCUAUACUUCUCUCCCCCAUAUCUGGAGCAGGACACACAUUCCUAUCAAAGAAAAGUCAUUAUCCAGUGCAAUGAGGGAUCUCAAGUCGGUUUCUUUGCUGUUCUAGGUUAUUUAUUUUUCCUGGCAGCUAUUAGCUUUACUGUAGCUUAUUUGGCUAGAACAUUACCAGAUCGAUUUAAUGAAGCCAAGUACAUCACAUUCAGUAUGCUGGUGUUCUGUAGUGUCUGGAUUACUAUGGUACCUUCCUAUCUGAGCACCAGAGGAAAAAACAUGGUGGCUGUAGAAAUCUUCUCCAUCUUAGCUUCCAGUGCUGGACUCUUAAGCUUUAUCUUUUUCCCCAAAUGUUACAUUAUUUUGAUGAAGCCUCAAUUAAACACAAAACAGCCAUAUAUAUGUAGAACAAUAAACUGA